GUUUCGUGCCAAACUUAGCUGUAUAAAGGCGCGACGCGCUGUCAGAUCCUUUCCAUCAGCUGUGAGUGCACGUCCAGUAUUCACAAGAUAAAGAACUUACUGCGACUUUUGCGAGAGCUAGAGACGGUACAACCACGUACAAGUCAGUAUGAAGACCCUGGUGUUACUGUUCGUAGCCCUGGCCUCUCCGGCAUUAGUGUGGUGCGCAUGCAGCGAUUACCUGAGUGACUUACAGGACGAACCGUCAGGUCUUAGCCCUUGCCCCUGCACCGCAUCACAGGCCAGAGAUGAUUCCGACUUCGAGGCGUCCAAUUGGUUCAUAGGUACCUACCACCCCGGCGCUGAUUCCUGCUACAGAUCGGUAAGCCCGUCAUCUUCGGGCUCUGGCCAACAGUGCUGUUACAGCAGCACUGGGCGUAUCAUUACUAGUUCUCCUGGCGGAGGAACUGCCGAUCGAUACAGCCCCAAUUAUAGUUUUUGGCGGCACAGGCGGUAUGAUGUUGUUCCAUGGAACGCAUGCUGCAGUGGUAAGGUGGAUUCGUCUGACUGUGCGACAUACUUCCGAUACCGCCCGAUCGAUAACUGCUCCGGAUACAGUGGCUAGAGUGACGACCAGACAAGACUUGUGGCUUGGUGGCUCUGUUUUGCUCAUCUCCACCAAAAUGUGACCACUAGCUUUGGCGAUUUGGCCAUCUAAAAUCUAAAAGUAUACAAUUUAAACAGUUCUUGGACUGUUGUUUCACGAAAUUUGGUAACAUUAAAAUUUGCUUUAAUGAUAAUGUAUUAAUAUUAUUAAUACAUAAACCAAUUACGUAACAAUAACCUCUAUGUUAAAAAAUCGCCAUGUUGCCAAUCAUUUCUCGCAUGUCAUAGUGUACUGUUACCGCAAAAAAAUGUAAUAAAGGAUAUAUAAUUUGUUUUUGAUCUGAACAUCAAAA